CGCUGUACAUCUUCUGAACCACCACACAGACAGGAGUGAGAGACAGCCAUGGAGAGGUGGAGAACGGACUGUUUUCUUUGUUAUUUUUAAACUCUUCCUAUUCGCAUCUAUGACACGAUUCACAGUGAGCUGUACAAGCAAAAAUUCCCGAUGCACUCGAAAACGGCAAGAGAAAUUCUUUCACGGUGGCAUAAGUAGAGGGGUAGAUCUGAUAGUUCUGCGCUGUGGGCUGUACUGGGACGGGGUGGAUGGACGCUGUGAACAUGAGCGUGGGCGACAAGGUGGGGGGUUACCUGGUGGAUCUGGGAGGCAGCUUCACUGAGGAUGCCCCCAGACCCCCGGUCCCUGGGGAGGAGGGAGAGCUGGUGUCCAGCGAUGGACGGCCCUACGGCCACGGCUUCUAUUCCUUCAAGAGCGAGAUCCUCAAGAACGAGGCCUCCACGGCCACGCCCAGACGACCUGACCUGGACCUGGGCUAUGAGCCGGAAGGCAGCGCCUCCCCCACGCCGCCCUACCUUAAGUGGGCAGAGUCUCUGCACUCCCUCCUGGAUGACCAGGAUGGUAUCCACCUGUUCAGGACGUUCCUCAAGCAGGAGGAAUGUGCCGACGUGUUGGACUUCUGGUUCGCCUGCACUGGCUUCCGGAAGCUCGAGGCCAACGAGGGCCAGGGCGAGGAGAAGAAGCUGAAACUGGCGAAAGCCAUUUAUAAAAAGUACAUCCUGGACAACAAUGGAAUAGUCUCGAGACAGAUCAAACCGGCCACCAAGAGCUUCAUCAAGGACUGUGUGAUGAGGCUGCACAUUGACCCGGCCAUGUUUGACCAGGCUCAGACUGAGAUUCAGACUAUGAUGGAGGAGAACACCUACCCGCUGUUCCUCAAGUCCGAUAUCUAUUUGGAAUACACCAGGACUGGGGGGGAGAGCCCUAAGCUCUACAGCGACCAGUGCUCUGUCUCUGGGGGCGGGAAGGUUUUACCAGGGUAUUUGCCCACGCUGAACGAGGACGAGGAGUGGAGAUGUGACCACGAGCUGGAGGAGCAGCAGGAGAGUGAUCCCACUCCCAGCAACCGGCUCACUCAGAAGCUGCUUCAGGAGACGGCUUCCCAACGCGUCACCGGCACCAAGAGAUUCCAGGACAGUCACGAGUACAGACGUGUGCUGUGGCAGGAGCCUAUCAACCCGUACUAUGUCAACACGGGCUACGCCAUGGCCCCUGCCACCAGCGCCAACGACAGCGAGCAGCAGAGCAUGUCCAGUGCCAGCGACGUAGACACACUCUCCCUGACAGACAGCAGUGUAGAUGGGGUUCCACCAUACAAAUAUCGCAAACAGCAUCGACGAGAGAUGCACGAAAGUGCCAAAGCAAAUGGGCGUGUGCCACUACCUCAUAUUCCUCGAACAAACCGGAUACCAAAGGACAUUCACGUGGAGCCGGAGAAGUUUGCGGCGGAUCUGAUCAGCCGGCUGGAGGGAGUGCAGAGGGAGAGGGAGGCCCAGGAGAAACUGGAGGAGCGGCUGAAGAGAGUCCGAUUGGAGGAAGAGGGUGAGGAUGCAGACAUCUCCACAUCCACCUCGUUCUCCAGUCACAGACUGCCCCCUGGUGGCCACCCACAGCACUACAACAACCCCCGCUACUCUGACAUCGGGUACAGCGGCCUGGCGCUGCGGCCUGACGCCCACGAGGAGAACCCCGAGAGCAUCCUGGACGACCACGUCCAGCGAGUCAUGAAGACCCCCGGCUGCCAGUCCCCGGGCACUGGCCGUCACUCUCCCAAGUCCCGCUCACCCGACGGCUUCCCUGGUGGCAAGGUGCCCGGACCUGGGAUGCCACCGCCCACAGGCCCGGGCAAACACCCAGCUCGGCUGGGGCCCAAGGGGGAAGCUGCCAGCCACCAAUACCACCACAAACACGUGCACCACAUCCACCACCCGGCCGGAGGGAAGCCCAAAGAGCAGGUGGAGGCUGACGCAGCCAUGAGGGUCAAUGGUAACUUCCACUGGGGGACGGAGCAGCACAACUAUGGGUCCAAGUCUCGCAACUAUGCUGACGGCACGGGCCCCAGCCCGAUGGAUCCUAUGGGCUACAGUAGCAAAGGUAGCACGCUAUCGAAGCGUUCAUUUAAGAAGGCUGAGGAGGUGCGGACCUUUGAGGUGCCCGUGCCUACGGAGGACGUGGAGAGGAACCAGAAGAUCCUCCAGUGGAUGAUGGAGGGAGAGGCGGUCCGCAACAAGAAGAGCCCCUACGGGAGCACCACAGGGUCCAAGAAGACCCCGUCGAGCCACGAGGUGUCGCGGCCCAGCUCUGUGGAGCGUCCCGGGGCAGUGCAUCCUUGGGUCAGCGCCCAGCUGCGGAACAAUGUGCAGCCCUCACACCCCUUCAUCCAGGACCCCACCAUGCCCCCCAACCCGGCCCCCAACCCCCUCACCCAGCUGGAGGAGGCUAGGAGGAGACUGGAGGAGGAGAAGAAGAAGACGGGGACCUUACAGACCAAACAGAGGUAUGUGAUGGAAGUGAUCCAGCGGGGGCGCGCUGCCGCCAGGCCCGCCCUGUUCCCACCGCUCAGCGUGGUGCCUGCCGUCUCUGACACGGAGCUCUCCGAGUCCGAACAUAAAGUGACGAAGAAGCCCGCGUGUGAGAACAUUACGGUGGCCUACUACUUCUGUGGGGAGCCCAUCCCGUACAGGACGUCGGUCAAAGGUCGCAUGGUCAUGCUGGGCCAGUUCAAAGAGCUGCUGACUAAGAAAGGAAGCUACAGGUACUUUUUCAAGAAGGUAAGCAAUGACUUUGGGGUGGUGUUCGAAGAGGUACGCGAAGAUGACGCCAUCUUGCCCAUCUUUGAGGAGAAGAUCAUUGGGAAAGUGGAAAAGAUUGAUUGACAUAGAGGUGGAGAGGAAGGAGACGCUCACAACGUCGGCCUGCGACGGAGCUAUCGGUGGAUGAGCUGUUCGCUUGAGAGAGACCGAGAGAAAGUGUUUGAUUAGAGGGAGGAUUGGCAGGGGAGAAAAGGUACGGAGUAAGUCGCUACAGGAGGGAAUGGAUGAGAGGAGGAGCGAAUGAGGAGAAGAGUGCAUAGUGGUCACUGUGGGAGACACUCAUGACUCCAAGGCUUUCAUAUCUGCUCAGUGCCACUGCAUUGUGCAGACAGAGUAGGAAAGCAUUGGACAAAAGAAAAAGCUGUCAUUCUCUCCUUCGGUGUCUUUCGGGGUGUAAUGUAAUGUACCAUUGUACAAUUUGAAUAGAAGAAAAAUGCUAUGAAUCUGCUUACUAAAGCAGCAUAUUAUUUUUGAUAUGAAGUAUCAGAAGGUAUCCUUUCUAAUGUAUCCAAGCUUGUCAUUUUUAUAUGUGUUGGUACCAGAUGUGUACAGAUUGUCUGUUUUAAAACAUAACGAUAAAGUUUUAUAUUAUCUAUUUAAAUAUUUGAAAAAGCGGUCGUUUUAAUCCUAUUAAAGCAGCGGCGCUGUUCCAAUUCGACGAGAUCCAAGUGUUUUGACAGGGCUGUUUUUCAAGUGUUUUAGGAACUAUUAUACAGCCCCAUGUUCUACCAAGUGCUUUUUACAGGACCACUCAACCUUGCCAGUCCUCUAAAGUUAAGUGGCAUUGAGUUGUCGUGCUGCACUUAUCACUGUAUUAGGCAUUAGUGUCAAUGGAGCAAAAUGAAAAAGGAAUGCCUUCUUGAGGUUGCCCUUAACUGAUUCUGCCUUCAUGUUUUGUGUUUUUCAAUUAGAAAGGGGCUCCCCAGCAGUAGCUCGAUCUGUGUACAAUGUACUGUACUCUGAGGUCUCUAAACUUUCCCCAUAGUGUACGUAUGUAUGCACAUUAAAUACAUGAUUAUACCCAUACCUGCGGACAUCUGCCAACUUAAAUUGAUCCCCACUAUGUUCAGUAACUUUAAUUUUGCUACAUUUAGGUCUUAACUGUAGCAGAUCAGGGCAGAAAAUAACAUCUUUGAUCAGAGAUCAUCACAACCAGUUGUGUACGUGCUACUGACAGUUCAGAUCCAGAUUCUAUUUACAGUCUAGAGCUUUUCUAGGCAUUUAAGACCAGAGUCCAUAGUAAAAGUCUCCUGAAGGUUCAUACACGGGUGUCUGUGUAGAGAAAGGGUCUGUGCGCGGAACUUUGUCACAAAGUAACUACCGCGUUCAAUAGAGCGUUGAUCAUCUAAUGUGUGUUCACAUGCAUUCGGAAAGGCUCCUGACCCCAUGGUUUCACUCUGGACAAUGAAAGGACAUAGUAUAUGUUUACCUAGUAAAUAUAUCACAAAUACAGCUGAAUAAUGACUUGUAGCCUUUCAUAGCUCUAUAGAGCUACAUUUGGUGCCUGGCAGAAAUUGUCUCUAGAAAUAACUUUAGUAUGAAAUGAUCUACUUUUUUGAUAGGUCACAAUACACCAAAGAGAACGGUAGAAGUUGAUAUAUAUUUCUCAUCCCCUUUUCUCUUCUUUAUUUACCCUCAUUCACAUGGGUACUCUUUGAUUAUUCUCCAAAUCCCUGUGUUGAAGUGGAAUUCUCUUGUACGAUGUUCUAGGGCAGGGCUCUCCAGCCCUGUCCCUGGAGAGCUACCCUCCAUGUAGGUUUCUGCUCCAACCCUGUCCCUGGAGAGCUACCCUCCAUGUAGGUUUCUGCUCCAACCCUGUCCCUGGAGAGCUACCCUCCAUGUAGGUUUCCACUCCAGCCCUGUCCCUGGAGAGCUACCCUCCAUGUAGGUUUCCACUCCAACCCUGUCCCUGGAGAGCUACCCUCCAUGUAGGUUUCCGCUCCAGCCCUGUCCCUGGAGAGCUACCCUCCAUGUAGGUUUCCACUCCAACCCUGUCCCUGGAGAGCUACCCUCCAUGUAGGUUUCUGCUCCAGCCCUGUCCCUGGAGAGCUACCCUCCAUGUAGGUUUCUGCUCCAACCCUGUCCCUGGAGAGCUACCCUCCAUGUAGGUUUCCACUCCAACCCUGUCCCUGGAGAGCUACCCUCCAUGUAGGUUUCUGCUCCAGCCCCAGCUGUAACUAACCUGAUUCAGCUCAUCAAUCAGCUAAUGACUACAAUUGUUUGCGCUAGAUUAGGGUUGGAGGGAACCUGCAGGAUGGUAGCUGUCCAGGAACGGCCUGUUCUAGGCCGUUGUGCUGGGGUCAGUGCAAGGUGGAAUGUGCUAAGCGUUGUGAUUAGGAUGGUAAGGACCUUUUUCAUCAGAGUGCUGUAUUGCUGGGUGUUGUUCUGUGUCAACAACACAUAUAAGAGGACAUCUCCUUUUCUGAGAUGCUUUUUUUGUAUUUAUUUAGAUGGAUAUUUUUCAAGAAUCUGUAUAAAGUUAACAUACGUAGUGGACAACCCUCUAUGGCUCCUGUUUAAAGGUUUGAAUAACCGUAUUUAAUGUUUUUAUAACGAGAGGUAUUUACUCCAUGAUCUUUGACAAUAUUGGUACUCAGCCAUCAUCUGUCACACUACAAUGUAGAAUUUGGCCCUCUGUUAUAAUUAUUAAUAGAUGUUCACUGUCUGUAUGUAUUACCAAUGGAGGGCAGUGAUUCUUACUGUGAAAGCCCCAAAGUGAACUUCCCCCCCCACUUAUGGUCAAUGAAAUGUACAUAACAGCCAUCACAGAGUGCCUUUUAUUGCCAUCCUCUCAUGUCAUCCGCUAUGUGAUUCUCACGUAUUACCAGGGCCUUGCUUUAUAUUUUUAUUUAGCGUCUUACAAAGGAUGUUCUGUUCAAGCGUUUCCUGUGUCACAUCUCACUUUGGAUAAAACUUUUCUAUGUAAAUAUGUAAAAAUUGUACAUGUCAUCAACCAGCAAUUCACUUAGGAGAUAUUCAAUACCCUGGACCUGUUUUCUUUGUGCUGAGUUGUGCGGUUAUCAUUUAAAGGUACUUGAACAAUAAAUACAUGUAAUAAACCUAAA